GGCUCUGCCCAGCUCCAGCUCCCCUGCACUGGCAGCCGUCCCCUGGGCCUAGGUACCUGUAUGCCAAUGGCCGUCGGCGUCAGCAUGACCAAGACGGCAGCUGAGCUCGUCCUUCCCUACUUAUUCUAGCUCCGGGCAAGUUCCAUAAUGCCAAUUGGAUUGGAGGUCCACAGACGAGCUCCUGCCGCUUCACAGACUGCAUUGCUUGUCUCUUCUUCCCCGGGCACUUCGCACGCCCUUUUACACCCGCGAUUAGGAGCCAAGAUGGCGCAAGCUGGUCAGGAGAAAGACCUGCUCACAAAGAUUGGAGAGGUGUCCGUUCAGGUCCUAGGAAUCCUUUCCCUCCUGCUGGUGAUUGUGUGGAGUGUUCAUUUUAGAGGAGGGCUGGCUUGGUCCAUUGAAAACAAGGGGCUCAUCUUCAAUUGGCACCCCAUCCUGAUGGUGACGGCAUUCGUCUUCUUAGCCAGCGAAGGCGUCCUGGCUUACCGUCUCUUCCCUGGGACGCACCAGCUGAAGAAAGCGAUCCACCUCACAGUCCAACUGGUGGCGCUCAUCAUUGCUGCUGUUGGGAUCACAGCUGCGUUUAGAUUCCACAAUGAGAGCAAGCCCCCCAUCGACAACCUCUACAGCCUGCACAGCUGGUUUGGGGUCACAACGUACAGCCUGUUUGCCCUCCAGUGGCUCGGAGGGUGUUACACUUUCUGGUACCCCGGGGCCGCCCCCCCGACCCGCUCCUGGUUCCUCCCAUACCACGCUUCUCUGGGGAUCUUCAUCUACAUCCUGGCGCUGACGACCGCUUCCCAGGGUAUCCUAGAAAAGCUGACGUUCCUCCAGUCAGGGGGUGCAAUUGGCAGGAGGAGCACCGAGACCAUUCUAGCCAACUGCUUGGGCCUCGUUAUCUUUGCUCUGGGUGGGGUGGUUCUGGCCCUCGCGCCGCGGCCAAAGCCAAGGGGACCGGACCCUGAUCUGCCAGAGUACAGGCCGUUAGAGUGAUGGUUAGAUGAAGAUGAGCGACGUUUAGUUGGUGAGGCAGUAUGCGAGCAUCUGUUCCUUUGAUGCACAACAUAGAGAUUCUUGAUAGAAUGUUGAAUCCGAUUCCCACUAAUCAUUCGUGCCUGGAUCAGUAGCUAUUGGUCCAGACACCCUCUUACUGUGAGCGAUACAACCUUUUUGAUACGCCUUGCGAGAGACACGUUGUCAGUCAGUGCUCCGCUGAGGUUAGUCGCUGCUCUCUUGGCAGCCCUUUGCAGUGCUUUAAGCAAAGGGGACUCAGACCCGAACGGUGCGCAUCAGUUCCGCCCAUGACAUUUUGAUCAAGCAGGGAGACAUGGAACUUUAAUUUCAAGUACGCAUGCCAUCAGACGCCGCUACUGGCCUGUGGCAUCGAAAUUGGCAG